AUGCCUCCAAAGAAGAAGACAAAGAGCAAUAUCAUGGCUUCCCAAGAUGGGCCCGACCAUGGUGAUUCGGAAUCAAGGCAAAAUGCCUCCUCUAUAGAACAAGAACGUGCAAGUGAGAGAGCUUUCACCCUCACAGAUAUUAUUACAGCUAUACAGCUAUGGGGGAAACCCAGUGGGAGAUGA